AUGGCAUGCGUCACGAGCCACAUUCAUUGGGUUCGGCUCAUCAUCCGUCGUGCGCUGUUCAAAGAGCGCGAAGUUUACCCUCAGGUUGUCCUCGAAUGGGCUGAUGAGAUGCUGAGACAUACUCGUAAGCGAAAAACCAAACUGCUCAUGGGCCCGUUCAUAUACACGCUGAAGUACAGAGGAGCUGGAAAUCCCAAAGAGGAGUCACUGCGCCAGGAAGCAGCUGAUAGGCUCUUGUCUCUGCGGGACUCCGCCGAAACAGUUAUUUUAGAAGCUGCGGACACCAAUGGAAACAGAGAAUUUCCAGUGGAUGUCGAAGUGGACAAUAGUUCCAUAAUCAGGAGGGGUGUUGCGCUACUAAAAAUGCGCGAAGCAAGUACACGCGAGCGGAGGAAGCGCCAAGGCCGUAUGAGAAAAGAUGCUACUGGCAAAACGUCGUGGUACUCCGGGGAAGUGAUGUCAAGGAUGAUCCGUGAACAACUACGCAGCACUGCUCUUCUGGCGCGUUUGCAGCACCCGUUUCACAGUCGCUGCCUUCACCCGCAGUACAGCCUGACAGCAGCCCCCGUCCACAUCGCCCUAAAAAGGCUGUCACGAUUGUCCCUCCAGCAAGCGGCGAAGACCCGGCAUAUGGAGAGGGAGGCGAAGGACACCGGUCGUCUUCGCAACCAGGUGGUGGUCACCCGGGAUAUUCUGGCGGAGGUGAGCGCAGGAACGAUGCCUCUCAACAGUCUAAACAAUCCGCCAUAA